AUGUUAAAACGUUCCAAAUCAAAUCGUUCGCAACGAACAAAUCGCAGGUCAGCCAGUGGUAAGGCCCAGCAGCAACGUUUGGAGACUGUGGAGGAUAGUAAUAGGCACAGCGAUGGAGAUUCCUCACAAUCAUCUGUAACAGCACCAGCCUCUGUCCAUCGUACCAGGCAUGCGGGUAUGAAACGCAAUGAUGCUGCCACAAUCAACAACACAUCGGCAGCAGCCACUAACGGAACUACAGCCGCCAUUGUGCAUACCACGGGGAAUACAAUGGCAGCCGGUGUUAGUGGUGGUUGUGGAGGAUCGGGAGGUGGUGGUACGACAAGUAGACCAUCAUAUCAACAGUAUCAACAGCAAAGAAGAAUGCAAUUUCAACAACAGCAGCAACAACAAAAGCAAAUGCAUUUCCAACAACCCUACUACAGUGUAAACAUUGCAAAUAUGCCAAAGACCAAAUGUGCAACGAAUAUUGGCCAACAACAACAACAGCAAAUAGUUGGGGGUGCUGGUCCAGUCUAUGAUGUACAACAGAAACAACAACAGCAAAAUCAUUUUUUGCAAACUUCAGCCUUACAUCACAAUCAUCAACAACAGCAGCAACGUCUAAACCAUUGCCAACAACAGCUAACAUCAAAAUCCCUAAAUUCCCAAGCAAUGAGCCGCAUACCAAUCCAACAUCAAAAGAUGCAACCACAACCACAUCAGCAGCUACAAAAUCCUCAUCACCAUCUAAACCAACAGCAGCAGCAACAACAACAGCAUCAGCUACCGACAACAUCAACAUUCAAUCACAUUUCAAAGAAUGCCACAAAUCUCCUGAAUGAUAUCUACGAGCGUAACUUGUUGAGUCAGACAACGUUCGGAACGGAAAAUGAGCAACAACAGCAGCAAUUCAUGCCUCAAAUACCUUUGCCUCCGGCAGCUAAUGGAUCACAAAAUUGGUCACAAAAGUCCCGAGAAUUAAAGACUUUUAAUAAAAUUAUAGCCCCACCCACGUCGGGCGCCACUUCUAUCUAUCAGCCAUCACAUUUUCAAUUUAGCGAUUCCUAUGUGGAACCCGUUGAUACUAAGAAACAUUUUCUGAUGGAAUCACAACCGCCACCACCACCUGCUCCGCUAAAUCAUGUCUAUGAAACAAUCAAGGAAAGGCCUCCGCUACCCUUACCUCCUCCACCACCCGAACGUAAUCAAAAUGUAAAUAAUACACCUCCGCCUCUACCUCCUUCUAGGUUACUAAAGAAGAAAUUGCUAGCGGCUGCGGCUGCAGCAGCUCAAGGUGAAGGUAACACUGGUCGGUCUGGUCAUAAAUCUCACAAAAAGUCCAGCCAUGACAAACAGCUGGAACAGGAUAAGAAGUCACACCACCACCAUAAUAACAAACUGGCACACAAUCAGCCGCCGGCUUAUGUGGCGCCACCGCCCAUAACCAUGGCAUCCAAUGUCAGUAGUACGAAAAAUCCUGCCCAGCCAGCACCAUAUAAUCCUCAGCAAAGGACCAAAGCCGAUGGAGAACAUAAAUCCAUGUUGUAUCAGCAGUUGAGGGAACAAAAAUUGCAACACCAUCAGCAGCAGCAACAACAAAAGUUAAUGCCAUCCACGGAAAGUGCAGGAAAUGGAGGCCAGCAUUUAAGUAAUAACAUGCAGAAACAUAACGCGGACAAGUUACCCGUGAACGGAAUGCGUGAACAUCCUUUAGGUGCCCAUGAUGAAGGCGUUACAACGGACCAACCGACAACCAACAAUAAUCACAACUCACAACCGGCAGCCGUUGUUCCAACCUCAGGGCAAAAUGGCGAAACAAUUACAAAUGACAUAAUAGACAUGGAACCAGAAUGCCAACCGGAUACCGAUGGCAUGCAACAACUGACUGUGGAACAGGCAUUACAUCAGGCAGGUCUAUUGCCAAAUUCCAACAGCAACAAUAAUAACUCAUCUGCAAUAACUGCCACUGCACAAGGCAGUAGCAACAACAAUGGACACAACAAUCGUCCAUCUGCCUUGCCCAUUGUUUUCGAAGAGGACACCGGUGAAUUUCAGGAUGUACUCGUGCUCGAAGAGGAUGGCACAGCUAAAUUACCCUAUCGUCAUGGCAAAAAAAUCGAAGUUAGUCUGGAAACAGCGCAGGCCAUGGCUGCAGCAGCCUAUUAUGCCAGAACGAUAGCAGCAGCAACAACACUUGUCCAUCAACAACAUCAUGAAAAAGCGCCAACAGGAGCAGCAGCAGAAACAUCACCAUCAUCAUCAUGGAAUCAAUGUACACAAAUGACAUUAAUGUAA